CGAUAGUGCAUAAAUUACUUUUCGUAUAAAAGUCGGUUGAGGUCGGAAGAUUCCGUAAUUUUUUUAAAAAGGAGAAUUGUGUGUUUAGCGUCUACUACAAUUGGUGUAAAAAAAGAUGGCUUCUGGAGUCACUGUAUCGGAUGUAUGCAAAACAACCUAUGAAGAGAUUAAAAAGGACAAAAAACAUAGAUAUGUAAUUUUUUAUAUACGCGAUGAGAAACAAAUCGAUGUUGAGACUGUUGGAGAACGCAAUGCCGAGUACGAUCAAUUCCUGGAAGAUAUUCAAAAGUGCGGACCUGGAGAGUGCCGCUAUGGCUUAUUCGAUUUCGAAUAUAUGCAUCAAUGUCAGGGUACCUCGGAAAGUUCGAAAAAACAGAAACUCUUCCUAAUGUCAUGGUGCCCCGAUACUGCCAAAGUUAAGAAGAAGAUGUUGUAUUCUAGCUCAUUUGAUGCUUUGAAAAAAUCGCUGGUUGGUAUACAAAAAUAUAUACAGGCCACUGAUCUAUCUGAAGCUUCCCGCGAGGCCGUGGAAGAAAAAUUACGCGCCACUGACCGCCAGUAAAAAAAGAGUUUUUUUCAACAAUUUCAAUGACGACACAAAAAUUAACUCCAAUCAUAAAACAACCAGAACAGCAG